CCGUCCCCCGAUUAAUCAGCUCGAAUCUUCGGAGAAUUUAGCCAAGGAGCCAAGGAACUGGAGCUUGCGAUCGAGUGAGCAGUUUCGAAAAUGGAGUCGUCCGCCGCGCACGUCCAAUUGCUUAGCCGGCUCGGUGCCGGGCUGAUGGUGGUGGCGGUGAUACUACUUGCGGCAAUCGGUGACGUAGAGCCGGCGGCCACCGGUGGCCGUUUCCGAUUGUGUGUGGCGGUGGACCAUUUCGAGGUCUGCCGCCGGUUGACCAGCGACAGCGGCCUGGCGCUCGACUGCGUCGCCGGCAACGAUCGGCUCGACUGCCUGCGAAAGGUGCAGAGCCGCGACGCGGACUUCCUGGCCGUCGAUCCGGAAGAUGUGUACGUGGCGCUCCAGAUGGACAACACGGACUUUGGUGUGUUCGCCGAGGUGCGCACGCUCGAGGAGCCGGCGGCCGAGUUCCGGUACGAGGGCAUCGUGUUGGUGCGCCGGGCCGACGGGUUCAAAAGUAUGGCCGACCUGCGGGGCAAAAAGUCCUGCCACACCGGGUACGGCCGGAACGUGGGCUACAAGAUCCCGAUCACCAAGCUGCGCCGGCUCGAUGUGUUCAAGAUGCCGGCGACCAACGAGCGCCACCAGUCGCCGGUAGAGCACGAGCUGGCCGGCCUGUCGGAACUGUUCCGCUCGUCCUGCCUGGUCGGUCGCUACUCACCCGACGCCGACUUCGAUCGCGUGCUGAAGAAGCGGUACGCGAACCUGUGCGCGCUGUGCGCCCAGCCGGACGAGUGCGCCGCCAACGAUCGCUACUCCGGCUACGAGGGCGCCAUCCGCUGUCUGGUGGAGAACGGCGGAGACGUGGCGUUCACGAAGACCAAUUUUGUGCGCCGCUACUUCGGCCUGCCGCUCAGCCCGGGCGGGCUGGCAAAGCCGGCCGUCAAUCCGGCCGCCCGGCCCGAAGACUACGUGUUCCUGUGCGAGAACGGCAACACGCAGCCAGUGACGGACCAGCUGAACGUGUGCUCGUGGGCCCAGCGACCCUGGCCGGCCCUCAUGGGCAACGGCGACCUGACCGGGGCGGGCCGCAUGGCCGAGCUGCAGGCGGUGCUGCAGGCCUUCUACCGGCACUAUACGCGCGAACCGGCCGGCGCCGUGUCGGCCGCCGACCGCGAAGCCGCCCAUCUGCUGGGGCUCGACCGGCGCCACCUGAUCGUGGACCAGCGGCGCCUGGUGCCACCGGCCGAGUACCUGACGCGCGCCUACUACACCGACGUGAUCGAGCGCGAGACGCCGUACGACUUCCGGAUCCGGCUGUGCGUGGUGUCGGAACAGGAGCGCCAGAAGUGCGUGCAGAUGCAGCGCGCCGCGUACGCGCGGGACGUGCGCCCGGCGUUCGAGUGCGUGCUGAAGACGGCCGAGGCGUGCGCCGGGGCCGUCGUGACCGGCGACGUGGAUGCCGUCGUGCUGAAGGACCCCCCGUCGCCGUCGUCCGCCGCCCAGCUUAAGCCCGUCGUCUGGGAGGUGCUCGAUGACGUCAUGUGGGCAAUCGCUGAUAAGGGUCUCUCGCCCGAUCAGCUUCGUGUCGGCCCGGUAGCGUACGAUCCUGCGGACAAGCGGGCCGUCGCGGCGGCUGAAGCACUUCGUGCAAAGCGACCCUCGCUACAGCUCGUCCCGGAGGCGUCCCAGAACGGAACGAGCGGCCACACCGCCCCGAUCCGGAUCGUCAGUUCGCGCACCCUCGCGCACCAAGACGCCGAACGCCAUACGAUGCUGUGUCGCGAUCAUCGGCUCGAACCGCUCAGCGCUACCGGCUGCAACCUAGACCGGGACGACGAUGGCAACCGACGAGACCGACCGGUGGCCCGGGUCUACAUCCGGCGCGGUGCGAACGAAACGACGCAGGACAGCAUCGUCCACGCGUUCACGGCGCUCUCGGACGCGUUCGGGCGCGGCAAGCGACACGAGCGAGUGUUCCAGCUGUUCGGUCCCUUCCGGUUGUUGACUCCCCCGGACCAGCAGGUGUCGGAUCUCAUCUUUCACGACUACGCCACGGCCCUGGCCGCCCCGCCCGAACCGGAUGCGUGAAGUCGCCCUGAACACGGCGAUUUGUUGACCGUAGCAUUUGGACACCUGCGCUCUAAUAGAGUCCUCACGCCGUAGCGGCGGGAGCAUUCCACGAUCAAUCGAUCACCGCAGGCGCAGUUAGGUGGAAGAGUCCACAGAGUCCUGGAAGGUCCAACCUUCGAGCACAGAUUUGUGUUUGCAUCUCCAUCAUCAAUAAACCAACCGCACGGGUUAUUA